AUGAAGAUUUCUCUCCAUCCUUUAGACGAAACUGUUUGGUUAGAUGGCGCAGAUGUGGAAGAUCUCUCCGAGUUCAUUACAGACGACAUUGGAUACAGGAAUACAGAAGUCUUAUGGGACGUUGUGCGUUUUCCAAUCCCUCCUUGUGCUAAUCUGAAAGCUGUUGGAACUAGAAUCAGAUUAGCUCUCGGGGAAUUGGGACUUCAUGGUUGUGACAGAAUCACUGCGUAUGGUGGCAGCAUUAACCGCAGCAAAGAAGAUUUUAACAAAGCGGGAAUGGUACACGAACCACAAGGUAAAAUGGUUGUGGACCUUGUUCUUUACGCACGCACGUCGGGCGCACCACGAAAUUUAAUGGUAAUCCCAGGACCAGACCCAGAUAGUGAGAUGCACAGGGUUCUCAAGUGUUUGCAAGCGAGACAUCACGGUGUUCUCUUAGUGAACCCCGAGGCACCAGAUGGUCUGUUUCUAUCUGAUUCUGUAUCUGUAAAGUCAGUAGUUGCUUGUACACAAGCAUUAGAUGGAGGAAAGCCUAUCAUCAGAGGGACAAGGAUGGAAGAUACUACUCCUGUGAUCAAUGGUUACUUCAGUCUCGACUCUCUGUUUAGUCAGUUUCUUGGUAAUUCCUCGUUGAGGUCUUCUUGUCACGGUUCUGUGAGGAACGCAUUCGUCUUCUGGGACUUGGUGAAGUACCCAAUUCCUACUCGUGUGUAUGUUCCAUCUGUUGCAAGGGAUAUCAGAGCAGCUCUUCAAGGACUCGGCAAUCAUGGUUGUGUGGAAAUCCUGGCGUUUGGUGGUGACAAACUGAACCAGCGCCAAGGUGUCUUGUACAAUGAAGCCAGAAUCAUAUACAUACCACAAGGGGUUUGUGAAAUGGCCGAGGCACUUAAAUACUUCCAAGACUCUGGCGUUCCAGGAACUUUGAUGGUAAUCCCAAGACCAGACCCAGAUAGUGAGAUGCACAGGGUUCUCAAGUGUUUGCAAUCGAGACAUGACGAUCUUCUCUUUGUAAAGCCGCCUGAUGAUGGAUUUUUUUAUCUUGCACACUCAAUAGUUGGUUGUACAGAAGGUUUAUAUGGAGGAAAGCCUCUCAUCAGAGGGAGAAGAAGGAUGGAAGAUGCUCAUGUGAUCCAAGACUUCUCCAGUAAGUUGAUCUCUCUCCCGAAGUUGUUUGUUUCUGCCAUAGUUAACUAG